AUUAUUAUUGUUAUUAUUGGAAAAAAUGAAUCAAUGUUCCUUGUUCCUCAACUGGAAAUGAGAAAUUUCGGACAGUUGUGAGCUCAUAAGUGAAAUGUCUCUUAUCAGUGUUAACCAGCAGUCAUGUGAUCAGCUAUGAGCUCAUGAGCAUCAGCCGCUCUUUACAGAGCCUCGAGACCGGACCGGGACCAGGAGCCAAUGAGGACGGUGGUUCUGCCGCCAUACUCUAAAAGGUCAUUCUCCCCAUGGUUUCCACUGGAAUGAACGUCAGAGAUCAGAUAAAUCAAUAUCCUCUUAGUAAUGCGCUAUAAAAAUGAACAACAUGUCAUAAAAGGGGCUGGGUGUGCAGCCAGCAGGUGCAAGGGUUACCUGACGUGUAUCAUCAGCAGGUCCUGGUAGGAGAGAAGGCAGACACAGAGCUCUACCGGCAGUGAAACAUGGAGCAGCUGUGGCUAUGUGUCCUCAUGCUCUCUGUUGGUGUGACGGUCGUCCAGGGCAUUCCAGGUACUUCAACCAUAAAUUGUGCGACGCCCUCAGAUGUGGAUUUGGGGAACGUGGAUGAGGGCUACGAAGGCAGCGUGGAGCUAGUCACCGGGAUCACAGCGGGCAGCCAUGUGUUGCUAGUGGCUAACGUGUUCCCUGAGCACCUCGACUUCCUGGAGCUGGUCUUCCUGCCAGGAGGGACCACCGCCAAUGUGAUCACCAGGAAGAAGUUGGACGCAGACGUUUUAGUGGAAACUGGAGGACAAUUGCGUUACUCCCUGGUUUGUAAUGAUUUAGAUAAGUUUGAGAACAAGCGGACACUGAAGAUCAAUGACUUGAAUGACAACACACCUGCCUUCACCAAAGAGCUGUACGAGAUAACCAUAUCUGAGAUACUGCCUGUUGACACGGAAGUUCUGAGGGUUCAAGCCAUAGAUCUGGACAUCUCCCUCGACAAUAAAAGGUUGUCAUUUUCUAUGCUGCCCCCAUCUCUAGACUUUCAGAUGCUUGAAUCAGGGGCUCUUAUUGUGACAAGGCGCCUGAAUUACAACUCGCAACAACUUUACUCAUUCAGUGUGAAGGCCGAGGACGUGGGGGGUCUGUUUGAUGAAGCUAUGGUGGUCAUCAAAAUGGAAGACAUCGAUAACCUCAACCCCUACUUCAAGCACAAUUUAUACCGUGCUUCCAUUCCUGAGAAUGAGAGUGGUCCGUUUCACCGCAUAACGCCUGAGGCAAUAUGGGCUCAGGAUGGAGACACAGGGAUCAAUGAGGCGAUUGUUUACAGCAUCACUGAAGUGUCUCCACCCAAGUAUGCGGAGCGCUUCACCAUGGACAGCAGCAGUGGGGUGGUGGUGAUGAUCUCAGCCAUCGACCGAGAGGAGCUGGAUGGCGCCUUGAUCACCGUCAGCAUCAAGGCUGCCCAGGCUGAUGACCCUUCCAAGGUCGCUGAUUCCUUGGUGAUAGUGACCAUCGAAGACGUGAACGACAACACGCCGGUGUUCAGCCAGCAGAGCGUCUCUGUGUCCAUCCUGGAGAACUCUCCUGUAGGUGUGGUUGUUGCCAUGGCAUCGGUCGCCGACGCAGACCAGGGUGGCUUUGUGGGAAACCUGAGCAUUAUUCCGGAUUCAGCUCCCUUCUCCGUGAGCGCUGAUGGCUCUGUGAGGGUGAAGGACUCUGCUGCUCUGGACCGGGAAUCACAUACAAGCUUCCUCUUCCAGGUGACAGCCAUUGAGUCUGACCCCCCAAACAGAUUUGCAAGGAUGAGUGUGGAGGUAAUUCUUGUGGAUCAGAACGACAACAGUCCUAACUUCACUCAAGGCCUAUACGUUGUGAGGGUGGAUGGAGAACAAAAAGAAGGAAUGCUAUUGGUCUGGGUCAAAGCAGAAGACCCAGAUGAAGGUGAAAAUGGAGAGAUCACAUACUCCCUUGACUUUGGAAACAAAGAUGGCUACUUCUCUAUCAACGAAAAAAGUGGCGAGAUAACUCUGAAGAAAAUGAUUCCACCCAUGUUGGAUAUUAUUUUGGAGUUCUCUUUAUUCGUCACAGCCAGAGAUGGUGGCAUAGUGUCGCGUUCUUCUUCUGCACAGGUGAACAUUUUCGGUCCUGGAGUUUCCAAACCACAGUUUACACAGAAAACCUACAGUGGCACCAUAGAAGAAGAAAAAAAUGCUGGAGUUGAGAUCCUGAAAGUCACAUUCCUUACAUUGGGUUCAGAGGUUCCUCCUACUCUCCAAGUUGUGACCGAAAAGGACAAGUUUGCAAUUUCAUCGGAUGGCAUUUUCACCUCCACAAUCACUCUGGACUACGAUGAAUCCCCGCAAAACUACUCUGUCAGCAUUUCUAUCUCUGAUGGUGUCGAUACCGACCAUGCGGUCGUGGAAGUUCAAGUCACCGAUGUCAAUGACAACAGUCCUGAAUUUGGUUCUGGUCCCUUUGCCAUAUCAGUCCCUGAAGACACAGCCGUUGGAGACAAUGUCACCGUGCUGCCUGCCAGAGACAAGGACUAUGGUUUCAACGGGGACCUCCGCUACUCUUUGGAAGGGGGAAAAGGAAAGUUCUCCAUCGACCCCAAGUCUGGAAUCGUAAGGGUCGCUGCUCCACUGGACAGGGAGAGCGAUCCUGUGUUCAGUCUGCUGGUAGUGGCACAGGACCAGGGGCAGCCAGCAAGGUCAGCGUCCGUCCCCCUAAAGGUUCUUGUUGCUGACAUUAACGAUAACGUCCCAGAGUUCUCCAGAACAGAGUUCUACGUGGACGUCAAAGAAAAUGCUUCGGUGGGUAUCGUGCUGCUCACUCUGUCAGCGGCGGACCCCGAUGAGGGCCCAAACGGCACAGUGACAUACAGUAUUCGCACGCAAAGUCCUUCCUCCACACCGGCUGCUUUUGAGUUGGACUCGUCCACCGGCGCUCUGCGGCUUGCCCUGACUUUGGACUUCAGCGUGGCCGAGAUGUACAGAUUGACGGUGGGGGCAGUGGAUGGGGGAGUCCCCGCUCUGGUGGGGAACAGCACCGUGGUCAUAAGGGUAGUAGAUGUGAACAAUCACCCUCCACAGUUCAUCCCCGACCGCUUCCACGUCCAGGUGCCUGAGAACCUGCGGAGUGGCACAGUCGUCUGCAGCUUGGACGUCACUGACAAAGACGAGGAUGGCUUCUCUAAUGGCCACUUCAUUUUGACGAGCGACACAUUUGACAUCGACCAAAAGGGCGUUGUCUUCUUAAGGGGCAACGCCACCUUGGAUAGAGAGACUUGCAGCAGUUACCUAUUGCAGAUAGUAGCAGUAGACCAACCUACCUCUGGACUGAGUAGCACCGCAGAGAUCAACCUUGAAGUUUUGGAUUAUAACGACAACAGCCCUCAGUUCGGGGCCUUCCCAGAUCCACUGCUGGUCUCAGAGGGCCACUACUCAGACACCGCCCCAGGGGAAGUUCAUACCUUCCUGGUCACCGAUGAAGACGCCGGCCCCAAUAAGGAUAUCACCUUGUCGUUCCCAUCGCCAAACCCACUCUUCACACUCAGAGAGGAUGGCACCCUUCUGGUUGUGGGACCUCUUGACCGGGAGACCAGGGACUCGUACGACAUCGUGAUCCUGGCCUCAGACCAGGGCACACCCCAGAGAGAGAACUUUACCACCGUCAGGCUGAAUGUGGCCGACGUCAACGACAACAUGCCACAGUUUGGUGCAGAAAGGUACAGCAAGAGCCUCCUGGUGAAGGACGCCAAAGAAGGGGACCUGGUGCUGAGGCUGACAGCCACUGACCACGACGCCGGGAACAACUCACUCAUCACCUACAGCUUCUCUACAGGAGGUCAUCCCUUUCUAUCCAUAAACAGUGAGACCGGGGCAGUGGUCCUGACCUCAGACCUCGCUAGCGUUACCAAGGACACCACAAUAACACUCACGGCCAUAGCAAGAGACCAAGGCCAGCCUCCUCUCAGCUCAACAGCCGUCGUUGUCAUCAAUCUGAGAAUGAGUUCUUUAGUGGAGGAACUGAGCUUUGAGAGCUCUUCCUACAACUUCACACUCGCUGAAAACCGUCCAGAGGGAACAAUUGUGGGGCUGGUCAAUGCGUUUCCAGGAAACGACAUUAACACCGUCAACUACACACUGGUCGGACACACAGAUAUGUUCUCCAUCAAUGCUCAUGGGGCCAUCACGGUCAACAAAGCGUUGGACAAGGAAAGCCAGGAGUGGUACAUUUUGGAAGUAGAAGCAUUCGACAACAGAGUCCCGCCUACAUCAGCCACCACAAUGGUCAGUGUGCAGGUUGUGGAUGUGAAUGAGGAUCCUGAGUUUGUCAGGGACAGCUACACGGCCAGGAUCUUCAGCAUUGCCUCCUAUAAAUCCCCUGUUGUUUAUGUCCAGGCCACGGACCCUGACCUCGGGGACCAGGGGAAGCUGUUCUACAGUCUCCCGCUGGCCAGCCCCUACUUCGAGGUGGACGGCUCCUCUGGCCUUCUCUACGUGGUGUCAGCAGAAGCCCUGGCCGGCCAGUCCGCCAUGCUGGAAGUGAGAGCCACGGACCCUGGGGGGCUCUACGUCACUACCAUGGUGAAGGUGGAGGUGCAGGGUAGUUUUAGCAGCAAUGUGGUGGUCAUCUCCCUCAACCAGGCUGCAAAUGUAGUGGAGAACAAAAUUCCAGAGGUGGAGAGCGCACUAGGGAGAGUCAUUGGCUGGACUGUGGACGUUAUCGGGGUGUCCAACACCAAUGGCGGAGCUUCCAUUUCUCGCACAUCCCGACAAGAACCCAAGACUUACGUAAGCUUCAUCGCCAUGGCCGGAGUGGAAGUCAUUUUGUCUGAAGACGUUAAAAGUAUACUGCGAAUGGAGUCAGACGCGCUGAAGAAGGAGCUGGAGAAGGUGUUUGGGAAGGGGCUUCAAUACGCUGUGGAGGAGGAAGAAUCCGUCCCCACCUCUGAUGUGGCUGUCAUUGCUCUGGCCGUACUGCUGGCCAUAAGCAUGCUGGUACUGAUGCUGAUAGUGGCCCUCUCAGUCGUCAAGUUUAGAACGAUGAAGAAACAUUUGUUGGACCCCCACAGGGAGAAGUUUGACAUUGACCGACACAGUGAGGGCUUCACAAAUACAGCCAAGAGGACAUCUGUAACCUUUGCACCGGCCUCGGUGGGGAGGACCUCGCUGAAACAGGACCAGAGGUCAUGGCAGGAGGGACUGGAGGGCCAAACUGGACCAGAGGAAGGUUCAACAAGAGGAGAAGGAUGGGAGACAAGGAGAAGCCGGAGCGAGACCACAGAGACCGGCGGGGACCGUGAGGCGGGGAGCAGAGAGGCUGAGGGGGGGGCGGAGAGGGAGAGAGGUGGGGCGUCGACGGGGCACCUGGACGAGGAUAUAGAGGGUUCAGUUAAGGAUUGGGACGUUUCCACUUCUGCACUUUAGUGCUGUGAUCAGGAAGCAGCAGCCACAGCCCCAGUGCUGUUAUUAUACUCCAUACCAGCCCACAUGGAACUCUUGUACAAUCAGAGUAAAGUUGGAACUAACUGUUGUUUAAGUGUCUUCCUCAGACCAGGCAGAAAUUAUGAAUGAAGUUAUGUGUUUAGCAGUUUUUCUUAAAUUACUUGAACCUGUGAAUGCCAUCAACACUCCUAAUGUCAUGUAGGAAAUGAAAUACAUGUUUAUCAUAUAAAGUGUUCAUGGUUAAUAAUGGUUAAAUUCAUGGUUAGUAAUUUCUACUUUAUUAGUUAUCUACAUUUAAAAUUAAAAUAUAUUUCCAUGUUGUGCCAAAACCACCCUGAAUAAUAAACACAUUGCAAUUUCC